UUUCAGUGCUUCAGUCUGCGUACGAAUGUGGAUCUCGAUGUAACGGCCUCAUCUUCGAAACGUGCUAGUUUUUUCGUGUAAUAUCGUUUGAAUAAAAAGUUAAGCCGCGGCAUUCUUUGGAGAUAAGUAAGCACUGCCUUUUUUGCAGUUUCCACUUCAGAAAAAAAACCGAGUGUUAGUUGUGACUUGUUCGUUUGGUGUGUUAGAUAAAAUUGAACUUAGUGGUCGAAUAGACAAGGAUAAUACUCAUGUUUUAGUCAGUUUACUGAAUUGGAAUCCGACAAGACCGAAGGAGCUCUUGAGGCUAUAUCAGCGUUCAAACUCUAUUUUAUCCUCCAGGACAAGAUGCAACUCGGAACUUUAUAUCGAAAACAAACUGGAAGCGCUAAUCUGGACGUAUAAACUAUCCGAUAUCGUUCGCAUCGGGACUGAAAUAUGUUAAAUACAGUUCCUCGAAGGAAAAACUUAAUAGUUGUCACGAUACCAGAGUUAGGGGAUGAAUAAAUAAACCAAUUUUCGAGCGGAGUGGAUCAAUUAUAAGUUUUUGUCGAGACAUGUGACGAAUUUAUCAUGAUAAUUCGUUGGUUGGAUCAUCAAAUCAUCAACUAGACUUGAAAUGUUCUAGAAAGUCAAUUAGAACCAAAGUGAUGCACUACCAUCAAGCAUACCUCAUCAGAUCAUGCUUCCCAUAUGCCUCGCCAGGCAUAGAUCCAUCGUAUUUUAUUCAAUAGUUUUAAUGUUGGUAGUACCUAAUCAUUGCGGACCUCGCUACAGUUCCAGAAUAGUCGAGAUUCAGACCGGUGCUAUUAGAGGCAUUAUUCUGGAAUUGAGUUCUAGACAUUUGGAACCUGUCGAAGUUUUUCGUGGCGUUCCCUACGCCGCGCCACCUGUGGGUCCGUUCAGAUUUCGUCCACCGCAACCUCCCCUCACUUGGCCAGGUACCAGAUUAGCAGAUACAUUUGGUGCGGCGUGUCCACAAAAAUACCCGGAUAUAAGCAAUCGCACUGCCGCUUUACAUUUUAUGCCUAAAGGACGGUAUCAAUACCUCAAAAAACUGGUUCCUUUAUUAGUCAAUCAAUCAGAAGAUUGUCUUUUUCUUAAUAUAUACGUUCCUGGUAGUGGAAACCGCGGGCUGGAAGCACCGUACGCCGUUCUGGUAUUCAUACACGGGGAAAGUUUUGAAUGGGGGGCGGGUCAUCCCUACGACGGUAGUGUUCUAGCCUCUUAUGGACACGUUAUUGUGGUAACUCUCAACUUCAGACUUGGGGUAUUAGGUUUCCUGCGAACACGUUUCAUAGACUCAUCAUUGCUAGCCGAGGACAAAAAUUGGGACUCCUCCGGCGGAAAUUUAGGACUCAAAGAUAUUGCAGCAGCUUUGAAGUGGAUUAAAGUGAAUAUAGCAGCAUUUGGUGGAGAUCCGAACAGAGUUACCCUCGUAGGUCACGAUACUGGUGCAGCACUUGCUAAUCUACUCUUGAUAUCGCCUUCUGCAAAAGGACUUUUUAGGAGAGUGCUGCUUUUGAGCGGGACUGCGCUUAGUCCGUGGGCAACGAUACGUAACGCUAACAGUUUGAGAACAAGCGUCGGACAACAAACUGGCUGUUUACCCAUGGAGACCGGUUCACAACAGCGUGAAGAAGAAUCUGAUAUUGCCGGAUGCCUAAGGUCGAGGCCACUACAAGCUCUAUUGGAAGUCCAAUUAGAGAAAGUCCGUUUCAUGCCGCGCAUAGCUCCGUCACUUCCAAUUGAAUCCGAUGCUACCGAUCCAGCUUACGCGAUGGAACAUGCUAGUGAAAAUUUCAUAACGUGCGAGGUUAUGUUAGGUACAACAACGACUGAAAGUUAUAGUGAUUUCAGUGCGAACGAUAUACAAUACGGUUUCGAAGAAGACCAAAGAAACAGAGUGUUGCGGACUUAUAUAAGAAACGCUUACGUUUACCAUCUGAACGAAAUAUUUUCGGCUGUGAAAAACGAAUAUACCGAUUGGGAUAAACCGAUACAACAUCCAAUUAAUAUUCGAGAUUCGACGAUGGAAGCGUUAAGUGAUGGACACACGGUCUCGCCUCUUGUGAGGGUGGCGUAUCUUCACGCGAGACGUGGUGCUAGAACGUACUUCUUCCAUUUCGGAUAUCAGACCAAAGACAGCGAUUAUCCUCAGCGUUUGGGAAGCAUUCGUGGUGAAGAUCUCACUUACAUCCUUGGAUUACCUCUGGUCGGUGGUCUUCCUCAUUUUCCACAAAAUUUCAGUCGUCAAGAUGUGGGUAUUGCGGAAGCUAUGCUCAAUUUCAUCAGUAACUUUGCCAAAAGUGGAGAUCCCAACGUACCGUCAGUAGAUAAUAAGGAUUUAGCACCAGAUUAUGGUUCGAAUCGAGAAAAAACUCGGUAUAAAGGACUUGUUUGGGAUCCGUAUGAAAUUGGUACCCAAUUCUACCUUAGUGUCACAUCGAAGCCGAAGAUGAAGAGUCACUAUCGAGGUCAUAAGAUGGCGGUUUGGCUCAAUCUAAUCCCGCAACUUCAUCAGCCGGGCGACGACGACGUCACAAUGAGGCACCACCAUUUUCACGAACGCGAACCUCAUUAUUACGCAGGAGCAGUGAGGGUGGAAUCGUUCACUAGAUUACCGCCUCCGCUGCAUCCCGCUUCCAUGACGGAUUCGCAUGCCGCCUCCAGUGGCGAAGGGACUGAAUGCAUACCAAACACGACAUCUGAUGAAGAUAUCCAAGUCGACAAAGUCGAUGAUUUAGAUGAAGAAAAUGAAGAGUUCCUUCAGAGACUAGCUACGCGUCACUAUUAUAGCUACACCGCCGCAUUAGGGGUUACAGUAGGAGUCGGUUGUCUACUAUUGGUGCUCAACAUGCUAAUUUUCGCAGGCAUUUAUUAUCAAAGAGAGAGAGAUCGCCAUAGACAAAAUCAGUCGAGCAGGUCUCGGCAAACCGGUUCAAAUUCUAACGCAACGGCCGAAGCCAUACCGAUGUCUCAAAGACCUUCGACUCCUGGAAGUUCAGCUCAACAAUCGCCGAUGUUAACAAAAAAAGAAAAAACCGAUUUUCCACCUUCGUACACGAUGAUCCCCGCGAAUAUCGAUUGCAAUACUUUACCUAAAAGAGAAAAACCCCCGCCGCCCGUCCGUACUUCUAGUAACCCUCCAGGAGGUACUGUGAAAAAACGUGUCCAGAUCCAAGAAAUAUCCGUAUAGCAAGAGGAGAGGGGUGAAAAGAAUCCUUCUAAAGCGGACAUCACCCCUGAUUCGGAAUUCGAUUGUGAUUUGGUUUCUGUACAGUUAUAACAAGACACUGAAGCUUGUAUCGUCGUUUUAAUUUGAUUGAAACAACUUUUAAAUAUAUAUUAUUAUGAGAUUUUAGUGAUAUCUUUUGUGAAUAACGAUAAUGAACAAACAAAAUAAUUGUAAAUAUUUAAAUCAAUGUCUCGAAAUAUUUCAUCUUUUGAAUAUGAUUCUUUCGUAAUUAGUUUUUACCUAGCGAUGAAAAUAUUGUUCCAAAUUAAGAAUUGGGUGGAUUAUUCAUAAACUACUUUCACAGAAAGGGUAGGUAAAAAGGGCAGAAAAAAUAAAUUUAUGUAAAUAAGAAAAAAAAACAUAUUAUUUUGAAUAAUUAAAAGAAAUUGUGUCCGCAAGUCUGCCACAACUUCUAGGUCUUUUCGGAAAACGAAACUUAGUAAAAAACUAAAUUGUCCCCGCCUUCAAUCAAAAAUUCCGGUUGAACCACCCUUAAUUACGUAGUAAAUAUGUCUUUAGACGCCCCGUCAUGGAUUUGACAAUUGAUAAUGAAGAAAAUUUUGAAACAUUUUCAAUAUUUUAUAAUCCGAUUCAGUGAUAAGAAUUUUUAACUUUUUAUUAUUGUAUAAAUUACUUUAUCUACGACCACAAAUAAAAUUGAUAACGAUGCUUUGUGAAUAAAAGUUUCAUUAAAACACCCAAAAUAGUGGAAAAAAAAGUAGAAUGCUUUUUAAAUCGGAUAAUAUUUUUUAUAUUUGUGUUUUGUGUUCUGUGAUUGUAAUAAUUUUGUACUAUGAUUUAAAAGUGUUGAAAGUCAUUGUCGUUUUUCAAAAUAUUUUUCAAAUUUUGAUCGAUAAAACACUGAUCGCACUCCUGAAAAUGCGGAAAUUGCUUGCAGCCCAAAAUCUGCUUCAGGAAGUCAUAUGGCGAUUUUUUAGAUUGGUUUAGCACUGAAAAAAUCAAAAAUCACCCGGAAAAUGUUCUUAUUGCACAUUUCUCGAAAAAUUCAAGCCAAUUUCAAUGGAAAUAAUCAAAUCAAGAUAUACCUAGAGCAGAAAUACCUGCACUGGAGGAGCCGUAGCCCGAAUCGAGACUUGUCGAUUUUCUUGAUACUGGAGCGCCUUCAACCUCAAAAAUAGAAACUAUAACAUCAAAAAAUUACAAAAUGUAAUAAUAUAAACAACUAUCCAAAUUUCAUUGUUAACAUUAAUUUGAAUAAUUAAAAUCAAUUAGAUUUUCUGAUUAUGUAACUUAAAUUGGAAAAUUUUGGAAAUACAUGUAUAUAAAACACAUUAUUUUCUAUUAUUUCCAUUCAACUAUUAGAGUCACAUAAAUUUUUUUUUUUAAUUUUUUGUAUAUUCUGUAAAAUUUUCUAUUUGUGGGCUGCGAGAUGCCGCCAGAGUUAAUCCGACAAAAUGUGAUAUAUAAUUAAAAAAAAAAGGAUUUUCGAAUUUCGAUUAUUAUUGCGGGCCGAGGACUCAAAAUAAAACUGUCCAAGAGUUUUUCAAAAUGUCAACGUUUCGAUCUUUUUCAAAAUUAAAAUUAUAUGGUACAUUAUAACUCAAACAAAUAAACAAAAAAAUUGUGCAAUUAAAAGUUGUUAAUCAAGUAACGUUUUUCGUAUUAAUAAACACUGCUUCUUGCA